UAUAGACAAGCUCUGCCCAUAUGGAAACUGGCUCCUAGUGGAGAGGUACCUACAUAGCUGAAGGCUUCUUUAAGGGGAAAGAAAAUAAACAGGCAUGGUUUUUAAAAUCUAUUAGAAUCUACAUUUUUUUAAGAAACGUGACAUCAAAAUGUAAUUUUUUUUAAAUUAUGCUGCAAAAUGUCUUUUGUCUCUCAGUCUCAAUCUAACGUUUCUAUUGAGUUUGAUGACGUUGGGUUACUAGAAAGAAUGAUCACAUUUGCUCUGUCCACAAUCCCAUGCUGUGUGUUUCUCUUCAUUAAUGGAACCAUUUUGUUCACUCUGAGGAGUAAAUCUGUUUUUCGUGACACCUGUAGAUAUAUUCUGUUGUUUAACCUCCUUCUUGCAGAUACUGCACAGUUAGUAGUAUCUCAGGUUCUGUUUCUACUUUCUGUUUGCAGAAUUACACUAACAUAUCCUGUUUGUGGCAUGCUAACUGUUUUAGGUAUUCUCACAAAUGUAAUCUCUCCUCUAACGCUGAUGGUGAUGUCUCUGGAGCGGUGUGUAGCUGUGUGCCUCCCGUUGAGACAUGCUAUGAUUGUCACCAUCAGAAACACGAGGCUGGCAAUUAUUGCAGUUUGGACUUUGAGUUCAUUACAUAAUAUCUUUCGUGGUAUUUUGCUAUUAGAUUUUUCUUUUGAAGACCUAGGUAGUCUACAAAUGAAAGAGUUAUGCUCUGAUCGCAUAAUGCAGCUUGGAUCCAGGUCUAAAGUUUAUGAUAAUGCUUUCACUGGUAUCCUUUUUGCUUCAGCAGCCAUUGUAGUCAUUUCUUCCUAUGUUGGUGUAAUAAUAGCAGCCAGGUCAGCAUCUACAGGAAAAGCUUCAGCUCUGAAGGCUCGUAAUACAUUGAUGCUACAUUUAGUGCAAUUAUGCCUCAGUUUGUCUUCAACUAUUUAUAACCCAAUGCUUGUAGCUCUUAUAAAAAUUGUUCAAAGUGAAUGGUUUCAACGAUUAAAUAGAUUUCUUUAUAUAUUAAUGAUUAUAUUCCCCAGAUGCUUGAGUUCUUUAAUUUAUGGCCUUAGAGAUCAAACUAUCAGACCUAUUCUUCUGGUCCAUCUAGGUUGCCAACUAAAACAUAAAACUGUUGCAGUCAGUGGUUGAAAGUUCAGCUUCUGUCAAACUCUUCAUGACUGUGAAAGAAAACUAAGACAGUUACAGUCAUCAGCUUUAUUGGUGUCUUAGAGUGAAAAUUGUGUUAAAAUAUAAUUUUUUUAAAUCACUGAAAAUUAUAAUGCAAUGUUUUACUGUUUAGUAUAAUGCAUAUAAGCUAGAAGAGCACAAAUAAGACUGGGACGAAUCUAGGAGGCAGCACAAGAAUCUGUGGAGGCAUAACAAUUCAACAGAUCAUAUUUAUAAAAGAAGUAUGUUGAAACAAAUGUCAUCUUGAAUUCAAAUAAAAAAAUGUGGUAUACACAUUUAUGUCUGUAAAUGUAACAAUAAAAAA